AGUAACAGCUGAACACUUGUAAAGAAGACUGGGGUCUGGACUGGCCACGGGGCUUGCGCUUUGAAAGCACAAUACGUCUUCAAGCCACUCCGGGAGAGGGAGCCAGCAACAACAACACAAUCAGCGCAGCCAAGGAGACCGGAGAAAAACUUUCCCCCAAAUUCCCGACUCAGAGAGGGGGAGAAAAGAAGGGGAGAAGCGCCAAACAAAAGCAUUCUUGGCUUUCAGCAAAACAAUAACUUUGCGAAAAUAAUUUACUUCAAAUACAAAUUCAAUGAGAUAGGCGUAACGGAACGCGUCUCCAGCAAUAAUCCGCUACUUUUAUUCAACAUUCUGAUUCUGAAUACUUAAAACCACGGAUUGAGUGCUGCAGCAACACUGAAUGAAACAAAGUUUCGUAAAAAACAGAAUGGAAACGAAAAUGCGAAUCACGUGGGCACUUCUUCCACUUGGUUUUCUACUUCACUGUACUCAUGCUGAUCCAACACAAACACCCUCUAUUUCUUCAACUCCCAUGGUGCACACCAGCUUCCCAACAGUCGCAUACAAUAACGACAACGUGAACAACACUGUUUCUGAUCCAGCCACCAACACCACACAAAAUAUCAGCGCCACCCAUGCAGUAACCACCCCCAGUCUAAUCAGUAGCACCGGGACUGCACCAGCCCCGCUUACCGCUGGGAGGUCCAGUGGUAAUGUGGUGUCCACCACCAUGACUACUGCUGGACUGGACUCCACUAGCUCCUCAGGAAUCCCCACCCAGACCACCGCGCAAUUCACUAGCUCCUCACGAACCCCCACCCAGACCACCGCGCAAUUCACUAGCUCCUCACGAACCCCCACCCAAGACCCACCGCGCAAUUCACUAGCUCCUCACGAACCCCCACCCAGACCACGCGCAAUUCACUAGCUCCUCACGAAACCCCCACCCAGAACCACCGCAACUCACUAGCUCCUCACGAACCCCCACCCAGACCACCGCGCAACUCACUAGCUCCUCACGAACCCCCACCCAGACCACCUCGCAAUUCACUAGCUCCUCAGGAACCCACACUCAGACCACCGCGCAACUCACUAGCUCCUCACGAACCCACACUCAGACCACCCAGCCCCCCACUAGCUCCUCAGGAACCCACACUCAGACCCCCCCGCACUCCACUGCAGUCACAGAGGUGGAUGGGAGACAUAUUCCAAACCUUACAAUCCCAUGGUCAAGGUCGUCCUCUCCAUCCCAGCAACCUUUCACAUCCAGCCCUGUGGGUUCAGGAAGCGGUUUUGCUAUCACCACAACCCGUGCACAGGGAGGGAUGGUGUUAACAACCACGGCUGAGACUACAACCACGACGACCACUACCACAAGUCCUCCCAAGAGCUUUAUGUUUGUCAUGUCCACAGGAAAUGAAGAGAAUCAUGAGAGGAAGGACCUGGAGAAGCUGUGUCGAAAGCUGAUGUCUCAGAUGCAUGACGCUAACUGCACUCUGACUGGGAGAGAGAACGGACACACUACCUUUGACAGCGUGGUAAUUACCGGCAAAGUGGACAACGCUGUCGUCCAGCAAUACUAUGAGGAAAUCACCAGAAAACCAAGUGACAACAUGACACUGAUUGCCAUUUUGGCGUCCUGCGGAGCUCUGCUGGCCAUGAUUGUAGGCUUCGCCCUCUACGCCGCAUACCACCGCAAGUCCUAUUGGAAGAACCACCAACAACACCUGACAGAGGAGAUGCAGACGGUGGAGAACGGUUACCAUGACAACCCCACGUUGGAGGUGAUGGAGGUGCAGCCGGAGAUGCAGGAGAAGAAGGUGGCCCUGAACGGAGACUUCAACGACAGCUGGAUUGUUCCCAUCGACAACCUGCUCAAAGAGGACAUGCCAGAUGAGGAGGACACUCACCUGUAGAGGGGGACUGGAACAGACAGGGGUGCUACUAUAAUCCCUCGACCAACUGACUCUCCCUUCCCUGCACCGUUACAAGGGCCCUGUUUAGUAGAGGGUUCUAGCUCCAAAGGUUUCAGGUAGAAAUGUAUUCUAUAUAGAAUGUAUACAACCUUAAAUAAUGGGAUUUGAGAAAUCGCACAAUUGUGAGUUCAAUGCAAUGCAUUUCUAUCCGCAACACUUUUAAUGUUCCUCCCCAUUGAAGCAGACCCAAGGCAACAACACACAGACACCACCUGACAAAUCUGAAAAAAAUAACACCCAGAGGAUGACAGGUUCUGGAAACCCACCGGGCCUAAACGGGUGUCUGAGUCCCAUCGCUGUGGCCAUGGAAAAGUAACAGGGCAUUUGGUGGAUACUACACCAAUCAACAUUGUGCCUAGUUUUAGGAGAUAUUAAAUAAAUAUUUGGGAAAUGUAACUCUCAAGCAUACACAAUCCCAUUUUAAGCACCAUUGAGUGUUUAAAGGUACUUGAUGUACCUCUACAUAGUUAUUGAUUUAAUUGGGAAAACCAAACACUCAAACCACCAAUAUUUCAGGGUGGAGUUUAUGAACUAAAAUCUGCAUGUUCUUUAUGCUGUAAUCAAUGUAAUCGACAAAAGUGCAUUGAAUUGAGCACCUGUACAUAGUAUUUUCUUAUAUUUUCAGAGAAAAUGGAAGCAGAAACUUUGUAAUACUGUAACACUACUUGCCUUUAUGGUUACAUCUCAAUAGUAUUGAUUUAGAGAAAAUGACCUCAGGAUAAAGUGAAAUAAUCAUCCUGGUGAAUGAAUUAAACUACUAGUGAAUCUCAGCUCUGACGACCUGGCAGUGGCUGCUGUAUAGAAGCCAUAUACUGGUGAAACAACGGGGUCCCUGGAGACACUGCUGGGACAGGAGCUUCUACAGAUAAAGGGGAAAAACACUAAAUAGUCAUUUGAAAGUUCUAAAGAAUUUUACCUAGAGCCUGUUUCCUGGACAUAGAUAAAGCCUAGCCUUGGACUUAAGAGCCCUUUCAACUAUGCUUUUUAGUCUAGGACUGGGGUUACUCUAUCAGGGAAGCUGGACCCUAAAGAUACAGUUGAAGUCGGAAGUUUACAUACACUUAGGUUGGAGUCAUUAAAACUCAUUUUUCAACCACUCCACACA